AUGGCCGAACGAGUGGAUUCACUUGACCUGGGACGUUUCAAUUUAAAGCUCGACUUCCCACCGUUACCCGAUGUGAAGACAUCACCACAGCUCGCAUAUUUGCGAACUCAUUCCGCAGGUAAAUUACGUUUUUCGGCGGAUGAAGAAUAUGAAUUUACAUGUAAUGAUCUCAUCGACAAAGGUGAGAUUGGUCGUGGGAAUUUUGGAACGGUUAGCCGGAUGCUUCAUAUAAAAUCUGGAAAUGUUUUAGCUGUUAAACGUAUCCGAUCGAAUACUGUGAACUCAACAGAGCAGAAACACUUGCUUAUGGAACUUGAAGCAAUUAUGAGUAGCCAGUGUGAAAACAUUGUUCGCUUUUAUGGUGCUAUCUUUACCGAAGGUGACUGUUGGAUAUGCAUGGAAUUAAUGGAUAUUUCUCUAGAAAAUCUUUAUAAAAUAGUAUAUGAAAAAGAGAAUUGUCUACCGGAAGAUAUUAUUGGAUAUGUUGCAGUUUCUACAGUGAACGCUCUCAGCUAUCUUAAGGAAGAUUUAAAAAUAAUUCAUCGAGAUGUUAAACCAUCCAAUAUUUUGCUGGAUCGGAAGGGACAUAUAAAACUAUGUGAUUUUGGUAUAGCCGGCCACUUAAUCGAUUCCAUUGCUAAAACUCAGGAUGCAGGUUGCCGGCCAUAUAUGGCGCCUGAACGACUCCAAUCGAAUGAGCCGUAUGAUGUUCGUUCUGAUGUUUGGUCACUCGGCAUAACUCUAUUUGAAGUUUCAACAGGACGAUUUCCAUUCUCAGCUUGGGAUUCGCCAUUUCAACAAUUGCAAGAAGUGGUGAAUGGUGAGCCUCCAAUUAUGCCACCUGGAAUAUAUUCCACGUGUUUGGUUACAUUUAUCAACCACUGCCUAAUCAAGGGCAAGGACGAACGGCCCAAAUACAAUGUUCUGAUGACCAUGGAUUUCUACAAAACAUACAAUGUACAGGAUGCAAAUGAGCUUGCUCAAGCGCAGGCAUUUGUUGGGAUAUUUGUUUCCAACGUUCUAGGAGAUGGUAAUGGUAGUACUAAGGAAAGUGACAACAAUACGUACAAAGCACAUAGGUCUGAUUGGAUACAUUUUUCCUAA